AUGCCUCCUUCUAUCAGCCACACCGGCAACAUCGCCGAGCUUCUCGAGCCGGCCAUUGACGGGCCCCCUUCACCAGGGAGCAUAAGGGCUUUCAGCAACCAAGUGCGCCAUGCUUCUGACAAGCAGCAUAGCCGUCAGAGCCACCAGACCACCUCGUCUGGCUCCUCUUCACUGCGCUCUCUGACCUCUGCAGACCGGCCGUCCUGGGACCACACUUUUGACACAUCUGCUUCGAGCUUAUCAAGGCAGUCGUCAGGCCGAUCCAUCACCAGCAACGUACCGCCUCGUGAGCGCCAUGACAGUGUCCAGAUCUUCGGCAGGUCCCUUUUCGGCAAGAGAAACAGGCUGCGUCGUGAGAGUAGCGCCCAGAGCUCUUCCAACAGCUCUCUCUAUUCAGCCGAUAUGUUCUCUGAUAAGAACAGCCUCGCUUCUCCGCCCCUGCCGCCGGCAACCUCCCAUGGUCUGCCUAGCAACAGUGGUGGCAGUCCACCCGGCCCCGUGCGAACCUCCUUCUUUAACCGCCGCCGGAGCACAAAGUCGGGCUCCGUGGGCGAGGAUUCUGAAACCCGAACCAAGCUGCAGAUAUCGGGCCCGUAUAACUUUCAGCAUCUCACCCAUACACAGAAAGAUCCCAACGUCAGCCUGCAUCGCAACAGCCGGAUGUGUCCCGAAGGCAUCUUGCGGGGGAGUCACGCUGAGAACAUCUUCUUUGCCGACUUCGCGUCCGAGGCUCCUCCGAUCACCGACGACUCUGCUCUCCCAAACCCCCCUCGCAGAUUGCCUUUACGACAACACGCCGCUUCUGUGUCAGCUGUUUCUCCGCCCCGGAUGAUCUUCCACACGCUAUCCCAGGACCAGCUGCGCAUCCCUCCCCCAAGACCACCCCGGUCGCCCCUCGAUUCAUCCUUCUCUCCGCAAGCGCCGCCUCGAAUUUCAAGCCGCAUCUCCCUGGCCGAGCUUGAUAACUUCUCAUUUGAUCGUCCUCGGACCAGCGGUGGGGCCCGGCUGCCAUCGCCGCUGUCUCUAGCGGACGAUAUGCCUCGCCUUCCAACUCACGCCCACUCACAAUCUGCAGAUUUGAAUCUGAAUCUUGCGUCCCAAGAUUACCGCCGAAUGCCGCAGGUGCCAGCUUCGAUGGUGCCACAGGCAGCGCCUGUAGACGAUGCUAACUGGCCACUUGUUAUGCCCAUGCCUAUGACCACACCUGCAGCCGCUUUUGAUAUCCUGCCAGGCGUUCCCGAAGAGGAGGAGCAUCCGGCCACCCACAACAGCGUACGAAAGUCUCGCGUCAGCAUCACCAGCAAUUCCUCCUCCCUCCGUGGAAGCCAAUCGGUGCCGCUGCUGCGGCAGCUAUCGCACGUCCAGUAUUCCUCUCCACUACGGCCACCAAGCGGCGCCUCGGACACUCUCGGUGCCUUCGACAUACUGGCCGCACAAAGAGCCCUAUACCCGGCAGAUGACGACGAGUAUGUGGAUUCUCUACCAAAGGAGAGCUGGGAGGACGACAUUGAUUACUGCUACGAACAUGCCGUUGAGGCCGAUUGCGACUACAUGUGGGAGCGCCCUUCGCUAGACUUGUCUCGUGAAGAUGUGCUGGCCGAGCUAGAGUCUGGCGAAGGUUGCGGCGGCAGCAACAGCGGUAGCAACAGCAGCACCCAAAAGGACGAGGGCAGCAUUGUUUCGUCUUCGGCACUGAGCCCCAUGCCCUUCGACGUACCGUUUCUCAGCCCUGGAAGCCAUACAUCAAUCGCAUCAAUGAACGAGGCUCUUACGCCGACCGGUCUAACGAUGCGCCGGCCUGGUCUGACAAUCCAGACUAAGGCAUCGAUGGAGGAUGUGCGACCACUGCAGAGAUAUCUGCACGCCCGCAGCUCAUCUCAGGCGUCCAGCUUCAAGGAAUCGCAUGGGUUCAACCUCUCUCCUUCCUUCUUCAUUCCGGGCUCGGACUAUUACGAAGCAACAAGCCCGUCGUGCUCCCAAAUCGGAUUUGCCAUUGGUGCCGACGACGAUGACGACUGCUUCCCUCCGUACAAGGAGGCCCGGAUGAGCGUGGAAAACUCUUCCAUCUUCACUUCGCGCACCUGUGCCUCGACUACCGGAAGCUGCGAAUCGCGAGACUCGGUUCUCUCAAGGCGUCAUAUUUCAACCACCUCAACUUCUACCGAUAUCACACACCUCACCAUGAGCACCGCCUCUAUUGAGGACCUCGUGAAGCCCGAAGCAGAGGAUGCUCCGCAUGUUUCUGAUCUCUGA